AGACGGGAUACAAACAGAUCAAAGAUUUGUAAAUAAUAAAACAAUGUUGCGUUAUUAUUAAAACCAUUCGAAGAAGAAUGAAGCCGCAGUUAUUCAAAUAUCUUAUGAAACUGUAUAAUUUGAAUCGUUCGGGAACAGGUCCACGUUUUUAUUGGGACAACCAUGGGGAAAUAUUUUGACUCGUUAACACCAAGGUUUUAGAUAACACGUAUUUGCACAGAUGUGACUUAUAUAGGCUCCAUUGUCAGAAAUUUAGGAGAAAAUACUCAGAGGAGUUUUGAAUUCAGUACUCAGUGAUUACUUCAUGACAUAUAAUUUUUUAUUAGACGAGAAAAAUGAUUUUUAACGUGUUUUUUACUGUUUUACUUGUUUCCCCUUUCAUUUACGCUGGACCUGUGCGAGUAACGCAACAAACGUCGAGGGCGAUUUCGGUGUCGGAUGAUGCCAGUGCACAUGUCCCUGAGAACCUUGAAGAUCUUGGAGUCAGCCCGUUGCCAAUAAGUUCCCUUUCCAACAAAGAACUUUCCCGAGAAACCCAGACCGGAUUCCCCAUUUUGCCAGGAUUUAAUGGAGGAAUGCUAGGAGAUCUUCCUCAGGAAAAUUCAAAUAAAAUUGAUGUUCCGGUGAGGAAGGACAACACCAAACCGAACCCAGGUCGAACUGUUGAUGGAGUUUCUACUCCAGAAAGCCAGACUCAGAUCAACGAGCCUGGCGGUGAUGAUGAUGAAGAUAGUGAGGACGAUGUCGACUGGGCAGUGUCUGAAGAAGAGUCGCAGGAACAAGGUCCAGUCUCGCAAAUUCUGAAUGGAAUCGCAGAUCUUGUUGAGGAAUACUUCCAGUCAGUGGUGGAUGUUGGUGGAGAACUUCUAGGGUCCGAUGAAGACCAAAGUGUUGGGGAUGAUGAAGCCAGUUUGCUUUGAAGUAUUUAAUUGUUUAUCGUAGCGAACGUUAACUGACAUUCUAUGUCUAGAGUGAUACAUGUAUACAAUAGUAAAUACAAUAUUUACAUGUCA